CCUCAAUCCGUAAUGGUUUCACAUAGCCUAAUAAUAAAAAAUAACCACUUGGUGAAAAAUGUCUUCUAUGAUAACUAAACAAUUUGCUUUGGUGGGGAGAGUUUCAUAUAUAGGUAUUUCUUUCAAUGAGUACAUGUCUUGAAAUAGUUUGAUUUUUAUUCUAAAAAAAGAUACAAUUUGCACGUUUCCAUCCCCUGUUCAUGACCUCUUCGAAGUCUUUUACUUCGAUCGGAUGAUGUUUAAAACUUGAAGUUGAAUCAAUGUUGAAUGUAAACGUAUAAAUGAAACUUUAAAUGUAGCCUUUUUAAUCUUUUAUUUUUAUUCUAUUAAAUUAAGUUUAGGUUAAUUGUAGUAAUACUAAUACAGCUACUACUAUUGAUAAUUUAUGUGCUACUACAACUAGUAUUUAUGUUAAUUAUUAAUGUUUUAUAAUGACAAUGUUACAAUUACUAAACUUAAUCCUAUAUAUAGUUUAAAAAAUAUUUAGCUGCAUUACUAAAAAUUGCUGUAUUAAUGAGUGGUUACUAGUUACAUCCAGAUUUUCUUUCAGGCAUGCUGGGGGGGGGGGGGUUGUUUGGAUUGCUGCCCCUCUUUUCAAGUCAAUCUCUCUCUUCCCCCCCCCCCCCCCCUCGAAAAAAAUGUGUGGACGUAGGAAAAUAUAAUUUUUUAGUUAAAAAAAACAUUUUUAAAAAUGUAAAAGCAAUUUGUGCCUUUCAUCUCUUAAAAUUAAUUGCACCAAUAAAAUAUUGCUUUUCUCGAUAUAUAUUGAUGAUCCAUAUUGUUCAGGCUAAUCUUGUUACAGUUACAGGCUUACAGAAUUCGAUUAUAAAAAUCGUACUGUUUUGAAAAUUGGUCGCUCCUUAUCAUAAGCCACAAUCUUAUUAUUUGUUGUUCGCAUAUAUAGGAAAUUUUUUUAAAAUACCUAAAGGUAUUUGUGAAGCUCCAAGAUAUAAAUAAAUAAAAAUAAUAUUUUGCAUCUUCAAAAGCUGAAAGACUUUAAAAACACUGUAUUAAACUAUCUUUAAAUUGAUGUAAAGGUCUAUAAAUUGAAUAUAGUUCUUUGUUAAGUGUUAAACAUGUGCAGUCUGUUUUCAAAUUAUAUUUCAUCAUAAAAGCAUAAUAAAUGAAGGACUGCAUUCAAGCUGUGUGAAUGAAAUUGUAGGACAAGGUGUGUAGAAGCUUGACAAUAAGAUGUGAACGAUUAGGCUUAGAGCCUUCUUCAGGAAACAGAGCACAAUAAAAAACUUUAAAGAUCUCCUUUGUUGUUGCCGGAAGUUGCUAGGCAAUAUCUAUUGGCAAAAAGCAUACCCUUAAAGUCCCCCAACUUGAUUGAAUUUAGUUCAUGUUGGGCUGGUGGAAGAGUUACAGAUGUCCCUGUUAUUAUGGCUAUUUUUUGCACUUCCCACCCAUAAGUCUGAAAUGUCUUCAUCAGUGGUGCUACAUCCUUCCAUUUGGAUUGAUCAUGUCUUUCCGCCUCUAUGCACGAACCCCCAGCUGGUGUAGGUCCUUCUCUACAUCAUCGAUCCCUCUUGGUCAACCAGUGAGGCGUCUACCCCUAGGUUUCUGCCUGUAGAUCGUUUUUGCAGCUCUACAAUCCAGCAGCCUUUCAAUCUAUCCUGUCCAGGGCAGUCUGCCUUUCUUUAUUGUUGCAACUAUUGGUGGGUCUUUGUACAAUUUAAUUUUUUUUUUUUCAAGACUCUUCUGAUUCCUCAAUUUCUUCUCCCCACUUCCUAGACUUCGAUCAUUGUGACUUAACAGGGUUGAAUCUAAUCUUGUGUCAAAUAAUUAUCUUGGGCCUACCACAACCAGAAUAAAUUAAGUUUAUGGAUGGCACUAAGCGCCAUAAUGCCUGCCCCGACGCUUGAAAAAGUAUUUCCCGGAUUAAACUGUCUUUAUCACAACAUUCAAAUCAUGUAUACUCCAAAUGCACCUUUUGAUUUUUUAAUAAUCACAAAUUUUCUGGUUAGAGAAAAGUUAUCGAGAUGCUCGAUUUCUGCACUACUUCCCAAUUAAAAUGGCAAUAUUGCUUGCACUGAUAACCAAUUUUGGUGCUGAUAUAUACACUGCCCACGGCAUGUCUAAUGUUAGCACCACCUUAAGCGAGUUAUUUUUUUUCCACGUUAAUUUUUACGAUAUAAACGCUGCAGUUGUUUGAAAAUGCCACCGCUCAAUAUAAAGAAAAAAUAACACCUGGGCAGACAACUAUCCUUCCCCCCCCCCCUCACGAGGAAAUUGUAGAAACACUGGCUACAUCUAGGUCUAAGCUACUACCAACUUCUAUCUAGAUAUAAAAAUAUAAACAGUAUAGCCACAAAGCCUUAAGCCAGUCUGCCCACGGCAUGUCUAAUGUUAGCCCCACCUUAAGAGAUUUAUUUUUUUUCCACGUUAAUUUUUACGAUAUAAACGCUGCAGUUGUUUGAAAAUGCCACCGCUCAAUAUAAAGAAAAAAUAACACCUGGGCAGACAACUAUCCUUCCCCCCCCCCCUCCCGAGGAAAUUGUAGAAACACUGGCUACAUCUAGGUCUAAGCUACUACCAACUUCUAUCUAGAUAUAAAAAUAUAAACAGUAUAGCCACAAAGCCUUAAGCCAGGCCUUCCUAAUCAACCAAUUUAAAAUUUCAUUAUGGAAAGAAUUGAAAUAAAGAUUUUUUUAAAGUUCAUUAAACUUAAACUUGUGUCUUGACUGACUUGACAUAAAAAAAUGUUACAUUUAAAUACAUGUAUACUAAUAAUAGGCUCUGUAGUAUAUAGCAGGCCUUUAUACAUUCUAAGAUUCUGUAUACUCAGACUAUAAAUAGAUACCAUACCAGUAUCAGAAUGAGUAGGUCUACUCUGACUAAAUCUUAUUUGAUAGGUAUGGAUUUUAAGAAAGUGGACUCUUGGAAUUCAAACUUAAUCUAUUCUGGAACCCUGAUUGAGUUAAGACAAUUGUUCCUCUUUAAAAUAAUAGAAACUAGAUUAAUCCGUUCCUAGUACCCACAAACUUUAUGGAUCCCAGUCCUUUUCUUAAAGUUCUCAAAGCACCCUUGACUGGCUUUAAACUUCUCCUUUUGAGAACUAGUAUCAAACAUGCCUUUCACCAAAUCAUUGUCUAAAAAAUAAACGUCUUGGAAAUCACCAGCCAUCUGUCAAAGAAAAAGAGUUUUUUCCCUUCUCUUCCAUACUUUUCAUUCUCCUAGAGGUCAGUAUCGCAAUCCCUUUCACCAUAUCAGCUGCUUUGAAGCUUCUAUAUUUUUCAAAAUCAUACAAUCGACUUAGGCAUCUGCAGCAUGGUACCUACAUAUUGGUAUUUAUUAUUCUUUUAUUCAGUGGUCAGUUGAGAUAUAUUUAUUGCAGGCUUACCAAAUUUUUAAAAAAUUUACCUUUUAGUUUAGCAGAGGGUAGGAGACACCAUAAAACUUGUCCUAUGGUUAUAAUAUCUGGCUUUAAUAAUUAGUUCACAAAGUAUACUGUGGAGAUUUGAGGAGACAUUACAAUAAAUAUGUUUAAACAAAAUCUAUAUAUGCAAAUGUUGUAAUUACCUUUCCCCUACCUCACACCCUUUGCUGUAUUUCUUGUCACAAGCUUUGAGAAUAGUUCCAAUUUUAAAUAUUGACUUUAGGUACUUGUGGUGUCGGUACAUUCGAGUCCUCCUUACUCAUUCAUAAUUAUCCCAGUCAUUGGCUUUGAAAAGCUUACUGCUAGUAUUUGAUCAAUGUGUUGAUCAAUUGCACUAGCUACUAAUAAAACUUUAUAAUGUGCAAUGAGCAGCAAAGCAAGCUGUAUUGGCCAGAAGCUUAUAUUGAUUUAUAUUUUCUUUGUUUUUGAUUACUACUACUAUAUUUCCUGAAAUUUAAAAAAACUCAAUAAGUUUGUUUAGUCAGAUAGACCAAUGGAUAACUAUAUAAAAAAUAUACUUGUAACUAGUGAACAAAAAUAAUUUCCAGAAAUAUAAAAUGCAAUACUUAUUAUUUUUUUUAAAUAAAAAAAUUUUUACAGGUAAGAAGUGGAGUCUUGUGUAUUGUUCAGCUUGUUCAAAUGCCUACCAUAAGAAAGAAAACUACACAAGGUAUUAACAAUAUAUUACUUCCUUAAUCCGAUACAUUUUUUCUGUUGAUUUCUAUAGUUGUUUUAUGAUUUAGAGAUAAAUUACAUUUUUUUUUAAUUGAAAAGUUUAUGAUAAACAUUGGAGCUGAUUUGACUGUUUCACUGUCAAUUUAUUGUGCAAUGUUAAGUUUCCAUUCAUUUUAUUUCAGACCCCAACAAGCAAAAGAGGUUCCAACAGACUCAAAAAUUUACCUAAAUGGCCAGCUAAAUUUAUACAGCCUAUUGUAUAAAUCAAAAUAUCUCAUAUCACCAUCUGAAAUAGCAUUAGAUUUUAGACCCCCAUCAGAUAAGUUCUGGAAAAAGAGGCUAGAGAAAAAACAUUUUAAUUUAAUUAAGAUUCACCAGGAAUUGGUUAAUUAUAGACAGAUACAGACCUCUUAUUCUGCAAUAUUGACUCAUCAAUUACAAAUUUCAAAUCCCUAUUACAAUCAAAUUCGUGGCUUUUAUAAAUCAUCUUUGUUAAAGAAAGAGGAGUCCAAAGUGGAGAAAACUGUGAAAGCUUUGAAAGAUAGUGCCAAAGUAGCAAAACCAGAAGGACAAGAUGUUGUUCCAGCCAAAACUACGUUGUGGCAAAAAUUUGUUGGUGUAUGUAAACAUUAUUAUCAUGGUUUUCGACUUCUUGCUAUUGAUAUACAAAUAUGCUCCAAAUUAUUGUGGCAAUUAUUGAAUGGCAAGAGCUUAACAAGGAGAGAAUACAAUCAGGUGAGAUAUUAAAUUUAUUUUUACUGCUUAUAAAUCUUAUAAAUCUAAAAUAAAACAAACUUAUAUAUGGUAAUGAUUCAUUUUUUAGAAAGUGUGUCAAAAAUGAAAGUAGUAAUGUUCUCAUAAUUUUUUUUUAAAAAAGACUUGAUAUUAUUUGGACUGGUAUGUUUUUAUAUUUUUUUUAUUGGGAAUGAUUUUUUUUUUUUUCUCAGAUGGUGCGUACAACUGCAGAUAUGUUCAGACUGGUUCCUUUACUGGUGUUUAUUAUUGUUCCAUUUGCUGAAUUCCUGCUGCCAUUUGCACUCCACUUUUUCCCAAAUAUGUUGCCAAGUACUUUUAAAGAAACAGAUGAGGUUGGCAUAUUUUCAAUAAAGUCUAUUAUAAUUCUUUUAUUACAAGCUAACAGUUUUCAGGAUGAAUAUGAUUUAAGAAUCAAAUCUUCAUCUUGGGGUUUUCAUUAUAUUUUCUUAUGUGUUGAGUUGAAAAUAAGCAUUAACAAAAUUAAUGGUAUACUUAGCCUUUAACCAUGUGUUUGCGGUCACAAGAUAUUGGUGGCUUGUAAUCAGGGUUUUCUUCUCUUAGAUGAGCCACCAUCUUAGGGUCGACAAGUACCAUCCGAUCAGAGUUCCCUUGUUGUUUUGCUUGUCUGGGUAUUACAAAUAUAUUAUUGCAAAUUCCUUGUGCACAUAAGUGUUGAACUAUGAUGAAGCUUAAAAAAAGGCUACACAAUUAAACAUUUACAAAGAAUUUAAAAUGUUUGCUUAAAAUUAAGGUAAACAGUAAUAGAUAUCAGAAUUCUUUAUUAAGACAUAGGUGAUUUCAAAACACUUGUGCAGAUUAGUUUCUAUUUAUAAUAUUUUAUAUCUUUUACUUUUAGCCCCUUAAAUGACGUUUCUCUUUGUUUUUAACAUGUAUUUGCUUCUGCUACAGAAAGUUGAAAAAGAAAAAUCUAAGAAAACUUUAAAGGCUAAAAUUGAAAUGGCCAAAUUUCUUCAAAACACUAUCAAAGAGUCCGCAGUACAAGCCAAGAAACAGGAUGGACAGACAGCUCAGUCAUUUGCUUCAUUUCUUGAUAAAGUAUGAACCUAUAAUUAAGUCCUUGGUGUUCUUACGUUUUAAACUUGUUUUUUUUUUCAACUUAACUUUAAUCAGGAUAUUUUUCUUUGCUUUAUUUCAAGCAAAUCUCUUGACUUCUAGCACUUAACUAUUUUAGAUACUAAAUAUAAAUAAUUUAGAUGUUUUUAGUUAAGUUGAGAAUAUCAUCUUGCAUGAUUAUUUGUUUCUUUUCUAAAAGAUAAGAAAUGAGGGUAUCAAGCCCAACACCAAGGACAUUAUGAAAUUCGCCAAGCUCUUUGAAGAUGAGAUCACCCUUGAUAAUUUGAGCCGCCAGCAGCUGAGAGCUUGCUGCAUUAUGCUGAAUGUGACACCAAUUGGCAGUGAUGCUUUGCUUCGGUUUCUACUUCAAAUGAAACUGCGUGGUCUUAGGGCUGAUGACAAGGUAGAGAAAUCAGAAUAAGUUUAAGUUAGAUUCUUUUCAAAUUCCUUAUAUUUUCACGCAUAAAGCCAUAACUAACUUAGACAGACUAGAUUUUAAUGGACUCCAUUGACCUGAAGUAGCUACAUACCCUUUUUGGGUGUUAUUUUACCAACAAUAUAAAAAUUUCUGAUUGUCUAGGUUAAGAUGGCCCAUAUUUGUAUUGAAAACUAGAUAGUAUUUCAGUUUUAUGGCUUUGUUUUCGUUAGAAAUAGGUGACAUGUUUUUAAUUUAAGUAUCGAUUAUAAAAACUAUAUAUUCUUGGAGGCUACUUGCUAACUAUUCAGAUAUGAUUAACAUUGAUUAAAUUUUUUUAUCAAACUUCAAUAAACUUUAUUUGCUAUAUAGGUGAAACUCAAGUCUUGGGGAUACUAAGUUACUGUAAAAAAAAUCAUCAGUAAAAUAGUUACAGAAAGAACAACCCCAACUUUUGUCACUUUUCUGCCACAUUCCUUCCAUCAAUCACCUGGCUGUUGAAAAGCUAAUUAAUAGAAAAGUUAUGUUUAUUUUAACAUAUUGUUUCAGAUGAUUCAAAAAGAAGGCAUAGAAUCUUUGAGCAUCAGUGAACUCCAGUCAGCAAACCGAGCUCGCGGCAUGAGAGCUCUAGGUGUGCCAGAGGAGCGUUUACGUGAACAAAUGCGGCAGUGGCUGCAGCUCCAUCUUGAAGAGAAAAUACCCACAUCUUUGCUUCUGCUUUCCCGAGCACUUUACCUCCCAGAAACCCUCUCCCCUGAGGAGAAAAUUGGUGCUACUAUCACACAGCUUGCUGUCACUGCAGUGAGUAUGAUUUGAUACGUCUUUUUGGUUGGUUUAUCUAAAAUACAGUCUGCUAACAACAAAAUCAUUUUUUUUGUCCUCGCUUUAACACAUUUUUUGUUAUUAUUUAAACCUUGUUUUGAAUGAAUCACUUAAUGAUUUCACUAGGCAGAUGAAGCUAAAGUCAAGGUUGCUGAAAUGUCUGGUGAAAUAGUGGACAACAAGACCAAAUUGGAAAUAAUCAAACACGAGGAAGCUAUCAUAGCUGCUGAAAAAGAACAAUUAGCUAAAGAGAUCAAGGUAUGUACUUGAUUUUUAAAAUGCUUUCUUCAGAUUCUAAGGGGUGCAUUUUUUAAAGCAUUAAAUUAUUUAGGUUAUUUUCAACUACUCAUACCUCUACUAAUAGAAUCAGCUUUGAAGAUUCAAAGUAAAGUCUUUGGAGGAUUUUCACUAGCAGAAAUGUCACUUUAAAAAAAAAAAAAUUUCAUAGCCAUAGUUUAAAUAACCUGUCCAAUGUGUUAAAUAAAAAGGUAAAAUUUUAGUUUUAAAAGCAUCCAAACGAAUAGCCCCUUUCCCAUUCUUAAUGCAACUUGCUUGUUUCUUUAUAAUACAUCACAAAAUCUUUGUGCAGACAUUUUAUUUGAAUGGCAUAAAUUUGUCAAUAGGCAAUAGAAGAACAAAAUGUUAGAGAUAUGGCAGAAGCAAAAGCUGCUGAGACAGCAAUGGUGUCACAUCUAAAUAUGGAUGACACUGCUAGAACUUUAGAGACUUCUCGUGAUGAAAGUAAGUUCAUAUUUAUUUAUUUAUUUUGGAAAGAUAAAUAGCAAAAGCACAUUUUAUCCAUUUGAUGUUAUCCAAAAGGUCUUUGUUGGAUCACAGAAAGAGCUGGCUUUAUGUAUUCUUAUUUAAAAUGCUGUGUUAAGUGCAUAUUAUUUCUGUUUGUUAAACUUAGAGUUAUAUGAUUUGACCCUGAAUGUUUGCCAAAUCUUCUGCAGUACUUAUUGAUCAUGCACAAGCAAUACAAACAUCACCAAGUGAGAACUUUAAACAGGACAAAGCCGCUGAGAUAACAGCUCAAGAUUUGGAUGAGAUGGAGUCUGUUUUAGAGGAAAUUGCGAAAGAAAGGAGAAUUAAUAUCGAACAAGAUGCUUUGAAAGGUCUUAAAGAUGAAGUUUCAGAGUACAAAGAGGUAUGUUUUAUAGUUCAAUAGAUAAGUUGUUAUCUUUAAGAACAUAUAGUAUUUUGCAUUUAAAUUAUGUUUGAAAAAAAAAAAAAUUCUAUAAAAUAAAAUUAUUACAAUGAAUUUUUUUAAGCUAAUACUAUUUAUACAGGAUUUGGAAGAUUUGAAAGAUGUUGCAGUUGUUUGUGGAGCAGAGCAGAAAGAAUUGGGGGAGUCUAAAGCUGCUCGGCGACUGGCUAAAAAGGUUGAGCGCAUGAUUUCAAGUCUCGAUACUGUAGUUGAGGGUCUCCAGGAAGAAAAAAGUCACAUCCAAGAGAAGAUCUCAAAAGUUGAGAAAACUUUGGAGGUGGAGCAAGGGGCAAAUGCCAAUCAGUCUCAAGAGGCAAUUGAUAAAUAUAAGUAAGCUUUGUUUAUGCAACUACUUCAGUCUUUCAAGAAAAAUCUUAUAAAAUUUUGUUUUAUUUAACUAAGUAUGUAAAAUAAAAAGAAGAUGUAAUUAAUGAAAUGUUUGCUUCCAAUAAAUAAGAAAAGAAUUAAAUUAUCUAGUUCAAAACUGACACUAAAAAAAGGUAACAUUAAUCUUGUUAAUUUUCAAUAGACAUCAGAUUAAAUGCUGCUUUAUUAAAGCAAUGGAUUAAUACGUACUUUAAAGCCCAUUUUAUUGAGAAAAAAAACUUUAUUUAAUUGCUGUAGUGAAACCAACAAUCAAUAUUAACAAGGGUAAACAUUUCGAACUAAAGAUAUAAUUAUUUUAAAAUUUAAAACCCAAUAAAAGUACAUUAUAGGCUUACAGCGCUGUGUUUUUUAACUGCUUAGGUGUUCUGUGGGGAUUACUGAGCAUUUUCCUAUAAACUUAUUUUGAUAAUUUAGAAUUAUUUGCAAUAUCUUGUAAAGUGUACAUAUAUAUUCCAUAUUAUAUUCCAGAUCCAACAUUAUCACCAUUAAUGAAAUGAUGGAGGCCCUAAAAAGGUUGAAGAAAGUCCCAAGUGACUCAAAGCUACGAAGAAUCUUUCAAGUUCUUGACCAAGACAAAGAUGGAAACAUUGAUAUCAAUGAUGCUCUGAAAGUAAGUAUUAUAUUUUUGAAAAUAUUUAAAUUUGAGACUUUUAAUUUAAAUGAUUUUGAAUAGAUAAACUUCAGAAUUUUCUGUGACAGAAAUAAUGAUAUAAAUAGCAAUAUUGAGACAAUGGAUAACUGAGUAUAGUGUCAAUAAAAUUUUAAAUUUUAGCAUGCAUGAAAAAAAAUUUAAAACUAAUUUUUUCAUACAUUUAUGUGUAUUUUUUAGGUACUGGAAUUGCUUAGUCAAGAACAUCUCAAACUCAGUUCUACGCAAUUGGAAGAGGUUCUUAACUUACUAAAGCAUGAAGCAUUGCUAGAGGGGGAAGAAAAGUUGAAAGAAAAAGUAGAGAAAGAAAAUCGAGAAGGGGAAAAACAGAAAGAGAAACUGUAGAAUAUUUAGUUAAACAUUAGCAUAACAUUAAUUGUAUGGUUAUAUACUUUUUACAUUAUUGAUAAGAGCCUAAUUUAUUUCUCAGAUAUCAUAUUUAACAGAAAAUAGUUCAACAUUUAUUACAUUGACACAUGUGCAAGCCAUUCCCAUCAAUAGUUAAGUUAUAAUUAUAAGUUAAAAGGUUGUAUAUAAAACUGAAUCUUCUAAUUAUAACAAUGAUUGCACUUGAAAAAUGAAAAUUUUUGUUUCUGGCGAUUCCUACAUAUUUUAUGACAAAUAUUUCUUCUGGUCUCCUUCUUACUUGUUAUGUGUCCAUGUAUAUAUCUAAUUUCAACACAUUUAGCUAAUAUCUGUGAUUCACAACAGUAAUAUUGGAGCUAAUUUGUGCCUCAGUUUAUUGUAGAAUGCGGUGGUUGGAUUAUGAUUAUUAUCUUUUCUCCGAAUUGUUAUGUUAGCUGCAAAUUUUGUAGAUUUUUCUAUGUUGUAAUUAAGUAUUUUGUUGAGCUAACCUAAGUAUCCUGUGUGCUGAAUUUAAUUUAGCUCGUUUUGUAUGCAUGUUAACAUUCAUUUAAAUUAAGAAGAAUUUAUUCUUAUUACUUAACGAAGAUUUUGCUCUUAACAUAUUGACUUAGAAUCAUUUUCUAACAUUGCUUUGAACACUAUUUACACUACUUGUAUGCAGUUUUUCACACAUAAGCUUCAAACAAUGAACAAAAAAGGUUUGAAUUGUAGGAGUUAUCGUAAAACUUGAUGUAAAAUAAAGCAAGCAGCAGAAAGUCUUUCUCAGCUAACAAGUAUGACUUAACAUUAAUCUUUACCAUAAAUCUUAUUUCUUGACUUACUUUAAGCUCUUGAUUUUCAGUCAUACUCCACAGUAUAUAGAACUAAAUUCAUCAGAUUUGUGUCUGUAAAUAUAUAUUUGGCAGAACUUGAAAUGUGUUAAUUUUUUAUGUAAUUUACAGCAUGAGAACUAACUUGCUUUGGGGUCUUCUUGUGUCAAAAGAAAGUUUUUAGUUAUUAAUUCCUUUUUAAAAUAAUUUUUUUACCAAAAAAAUGUAUCAGUUGGAAUGAUUUAUACUUAAAGAUAAAAUUAAUUUAGCUUAAUAUACAUUGACAUUGAAAUAACCCAGCAGCCAUAGUUUUAAGAUAACGUAAAGGUUUCAUGUUUCAGUGGUUUUGAAGAAGAUAGACAUAUUAUUUUUAGCUCAGUGAUCACAUUUUAACAAAAAAAUUGUAAGCAAUAAAAUAAAACUGGUUUUGGGAUUAUUACUAAGAAAUUAUCAUUAUAUGUUUUAUCUUUGUACGUUAAAAAAGUAUCUUCUUCGGAGAUGAAACAAAAUGUUUUUUUUUAUGUUAAAAAAAUCAAUAAAACCACAGCUUAAGUUUUUCUAGAUGAAGCUUCAUUUUGUUCAUAUUGCUUUAUGGUGACAAGGCAUUAACAUGCUGGGCAUAUCUUCAUAUAAGUUUACAAGUCACUCAUUACAGUUUUUUAAUUUAUGUUGGUUACAUAUGUGUGUAUUUCACGUUACUCUUAAACUUGAGCAAUUAUGUCCAAGGGAAAUGGGAGAAUAAAACAUUUGAUUACAGUUUACUGUAAAAACAAAAGUGUACUCAACCAAAUGAUCUAUUAUAUAUAGGAUGUAUGAUCUUUUGUUAAAUAUUUAUCUAUGUUUAUACAUGAUUUUCAUUUAAAAUUACUCAGUUGUGUAUGAAAAGCUCCACAAUGUUAUUAUUUUUGUCAUUGGGUCUUAAGAAACAUUUUUUGAAUUGAUAAUUAUUGUAAUAUAUUGAAAUUUUAUUGAUUUGAAUUAGUCAUAUUUAAAAAUAGUUAAUAAAACAAUUAUUUUAGUUCCUGAAAACAUGAAUGGAAUGAAUGUGUUUAAGCUUGCUGGGUUCAUUUAAUCAUAGAAAUGCUGUGUGUUUCAACUAUUGUAAUGAAAUAAGCUGUUACAAAAAAAAAUUUAACCAGUGUAGGGGGCCAUUCUUUGAUAAAUGGAAUUUGAAAUAUUUAGUUGUGUUUUUUUUCCUCCAUUUUUAAAAUAUAAAUGUUACUAUUACUUUCUAACACUUCAUUGUAUAAUUCGUACUUCAUACUGCUGAGCUGAAAAACUGCCAUUGUGAAAACAAACUUUAAUUUGAGAAAUUUAGCAAAAGAAACUUGCUUGAUGAGACUUCAUUUUAUUUAAAUUUUUUUUUUUUUAUCAAUUUUUUUUUAUCCUAACAAUUUGGAAUAAGAUAUGUGGAAGCUUGAAAAACGAGACAAAAACACUUAUGUUUUGGGUGACUUUCUUCCUCCGUUAACAAAACAGAAUGAAACAUUUAGAAAAAGGACUUAUCUUUAACAACAUAUAACAUUUAGCUUUACAGUAAAUAACUACAUUUGAACAUUGCCUACACACAGCAUGAACUGUCUUUAUUAUAUUUCCUUUAUCUGUAUAAGCUGAAAGGUAUUUUUGUAUCUGCCAGUAGUAUAAGUGACUAUAAUAAUAUUUUCACAAUAUAUUAUUCUACUGUUGGAUAUCUUCUUUAAAUUGAUUGUCAGGAUAUUUACCAAGAUAACACUUCAUUUUAAUCUUUGCUAUACAAGGAUGACAGCUAUCAAUGCAAGGGAGCGUCUGUUAAUUCAAAUCGUUUUUUUCUCAAAUAAAUUUGAAUAGGUCAAAGAAAAAUGUGAAUUUGGUUAUAUAUUUGUGUUGUUGAAUUAAUAUUUUAAAUUGGUGUGUUCCAGUUUUUUUUAAAAAGAUACCUAUUUGUUAAGAGAAUUUUUAAAAAUGUAUUCAAUAGCUUUUUGAUAACAUGUCCUAGCAAUCAGUGGACAUUAUAAAUAAAUAGUAACAUUUGUUAAAUAAACUACACAUCUUUAAAGUUAUUUUAAAAUUACUCCAGUGAAAAUUUUUGUAAUAACAUAAUAAGUAAAAUGUGAGUUUAAAAUAGUUAUCUAUGUUUUGUAAAAUAAAUUGGAAGAAUUCAAUGGUUUAUAUGAUUAUGAAAUAAAGAAAUGUUAUU